GCCCACUCCUGGCUGGACAGGCGCUGUAGUGCAGGGUGAACGCGCCGCGCUGCCCCGGUGGCGGACAGUAACCUGACUUUUCUGCCUUUAUUCCUCCUCUUCGCUCCUUUCUCUCUCUUUUAUCCGUCUGUCCCGGAGAAACCAGCAUGAGUGACGCCGGGAGGGAGUUCGCCGAGCGGGAGUCGCGCUCGGGCUCCAGGAGUUUGAGUCCAAGGGGCUCUCACAAAUCCACCAGCCGGUCCCCAGCCCGCUCAAAGCAAGGCUCGCACCACUCCCGCUCCAAAUCCCAUUCGCGCUCCAGGUCCAAGUCCGGAUCUCGUUCCCACCGGAGCUCUCGGAGGCACUAUUCCCGUUCCCACUCUCGUUCCCGUUCUCGCCGUCACCGUUCCCGCAGCCGCUCCUACAGUGGAGAUUCCAGACGCAGGCGGAGCCACAGCCGCUCGCCGAUGAGCAACCGCAGACGACACGUCGGGAACAGAGCGAACCCUGACCCGAACCACUGCCUGGGCGUAUUCGGUCUGAGUCUGUACACCACAGAGAGGGACCUGCGGGAGGUUUUCUCCAAAUACGGCUCGCUGGCGGACGUCUGCAUCGUCUACGAUCAGCAGUCCCGCCGCUCGCGAGGCUUCGCCUUCGUGUACUUCGAAAACAGAGACGACGCACAGGAGGCCAAAGAGAGAGCGAACGGGAUGGAGUUAGACGGCCGCAGAAUCCGAGUGGACUUCUCCAUCACGAAGAGACCCCACACCCCGACCCCCGGCAUCUACAUGGGCCGACCCACAUAUGGCGGAGGCCCCAGCAUGAGCCGGCGUCGCGACUACUAUGACCGCGGCUACGACAGAGGCUACGAUCGCUAUGACGACAGGGAUUACUACAGCAAGUCGUACAGGAGAAGAUCUCCAUCUCCGUACUACAGCCGCGGCACGUACCGCUCCAGAUCCCGCUCUCGCUCCUACUCCCCCCGUCACUACUGAAAAUCGGAUUUUCUUGUGUUUUGCCCCCGAAGAUUAUAAUGAAGAUGACAGUGAUGAUGAUGAUGUCAGUGAUGAUGAUGAUGAUGACGACAGCGAUUAUUAUUUUUUUAUUCAUUGAAUGUCAGUUUCAGCUCAGUGAAAGUCAUUUUCGUGUAGCUGAGUUUGAGUUGAUGCCCUGAGCCUGUCGUGGUUCUUUUGCGCUCUGUUUUGUUUUUUCCCCUCCAGUUUUAAUUCGGUUGUCUGAGCUGUCUGUUCUUUAAGGUGCUGGGGUCAACAGCGAUGGCACUAGCGCCCCCUGCCCUUCAAAUUCAUAUCUUUGUGUUUUGACGUUAAUAUUAUUGUCACAAUAAAGUCCACUUCACACCACA